AACAGACAAGAACAUCCGCCAAUUGGAGCAGAGGGUUCUGGAAGGUGGGCAUGUCCUGCUGCCAGAGUUGGGAUAAUGUUAAACACAGCUGGGUUUUUCUUUUUUUCCUCCCAUUUCAGAGAGACAAAAUUCAUUAACGGAUGUUGACUUAAUCAUCCGGGAUUUGUCAGUGACGGCGACGUUUGGUGAGCUUGUGCCAUUAAAUUCUUUUAUAUUUAUGUAGUGUUGUUUUUGUUUUUUAUUUUAACUUGGUCCGCGCGGCGCACGAGCGCAGCCUCGAGACUCCUGCUCCUUCUGGACGUUCGGUUCUCACCAUGAGGAGCACCGAGGAGCAGCGGCUCCCCGCGCCGGACCGGAGCCUGGACCAGCACCCACACAGAGUGCCGGUAAGAACCUAAUCGGGUCUCCUUGGAGGUGGGUGGGAGGGGGAAACGGUUCCGGAGGGAUUGACGGAACUUUUGCAGAGACUAUGAUCCGAGGAUCGCCGAGGGGUCCAAGUUCUCGAACUGUGAGUAAAACCUGAAUCUCGGACUCUUGAGACGUUUUGGUCGUGGGGAUGGUGGAGAACUGGAGCUGCGUCCAGAGGGAGGAGGUGUACCGCUGGUUCUCCUCCCUCACCUCCGCCCAGAGAGCGGAGUUCCUGUGCGGCCUGCUGGACCUCUGCGUCCCCAUCGAGCUCCGCUUCCUGGGCUCGUGCCUCGAGGACUUGGCCCGGAAGGACUACCACCCGCUGCGGGAUGCAGAGAUCAAAGCCAACAACCCGGCGGACCUGUCGGGUCUCACCAACAUCACGGACGAGGUGGUCCGCAGUAAGCUGCUGGUGUCGUUGGCCCUGCUGGGCUCCGACAACCGGGAGGCAGCCAGGGUCCUGUACCGGACCCUGACCCACAUCGACACAGUGAUCAACAACUACGGGCUGGCGCUGAACAACGGCAGGACGGAGGAGCAGUUCCUGCUGCUCUUCACCAUGGCCUCCAACCACCCUGCCUUCAGCUUCCACCAGAAACAGGUGCUGAGGCAGAAGCUCGGCCAGAUCCAGGACAUCCUGCAGGUGAGCAGUGGAGGAGGAGGAGGAGGAGGAGAAACUCAGGGAACUGGGGCUGGUGGGGAUCGAACCGCCAUGUCUUAUGGCCAUCACCACUAUCCCCAACAGCAUGCCUCUGUACCUCUGUCCUCUCUGUCUCCCACUGUCUCCUGCUCACUUCCAGAUGCCAACACUGCCUACCAGCCCCUGUCCACGUGCCACGCACACUGCUCCUGCUGGCGCAAGAGUCAGUCCAGGGAGGAUGGUAUGGUUUCAGGACUGGGCGCUGGGGUCAUCGUGGGGCGAGGGGAUCAAACAGUCAACCAGGAUCUCACCCCACCUUUCCCUGACCUCUCUUCUCCUCCACACGUACCCUCAGGACAAAGCCAAGAUGUAGCAAGGCUGACCAACAACCACCAGGGGAACGUAGGGAAAGCGGCGAUUGACAGGGUGGUGUUGAGAGGAGUCACGCACAAACCUGAAGACAACAGUGAGUACGUCUUUGAGACCAGCUGGUCCAAUGGUUUUGUGUCGUCUGUUUCCCGAACUCAAGAGGAAGUGAUUGAACUUCUUUCCAAGCUGUCACAAGUGUUUCCUGAUGAAGGUGUGGAGAAGUUCUUCCCUCAGUCCCUGGAGCCAGAUCCCAGGUGUCUGACAGCACUUCCCCGCCACGUCCUCCAGCACCACAGCGCCCAGCUGUUCUUCACCUCCGCCAGGCCUCUCUCACCCCUCUGCCACCCUCCCCUCCCCUCACCCCUCCCUCCCUUACCAUCCUCACCUCCCAUGGCUCCUGUAGCUCCAGCAUGUCCAUUCACCUCCAGCUCUAAUCUUGGAUGUAUGUUGCAGUACAGAGGAGCCAACAGGGCGGUCUACAGGGUGGCCAGCGUCCAGCCCGUCGUCACCACCCACAGCUCUGUCCUGACCCGCUCACAUCCUCACCUCUCCUCUCUCCCUUCGCCCAUGCCCCCUCCUCCUUCCCAGCACUCGCCCCAGAUGUCUUCUCUUCCUGUCCCACCCGCCCAAGGUCCCAUGGCCCUCAAACGUGACACCCCUCCCCAGCAGCAUCCCCAGUACCAGCCCGGUCCCUCGCUUCAGUACUCCCAGCACCACCUUCAAAUGCAAACCAGCAGCCAGCCCGCAGUGCCAUCGCAGCACCCGUUUUAUUCCCAGCCAACCUCGUUCUUGCAUUCUCAUUCCCAGUCCCGUUCCCAGUCUCUUACCCAACCACCAUCCCAGUCCCAGACCAACACUCAAGAGCAGAACGGCAUCCUGGACUGGCUCCGCAAGCUCCGGCUCCAUAAGUAUUACCCAGUCUUCAAACAGCUCACCAUGGAGGAGUUUUUAGGACUGACAGAAGAAGACCUGGACAAGUAUGACUUGACACAAGGAGCAAAGAAGAAACUGAAGACUCAGCUGGAGCUGCAGAAGUUAAGAUGGAAAAUGGAGAAGCGGUCCUGCAGCGGCAUUGCCAGAAUAACACCUUCAGUCAUGUGGGACCCUCAACCCACUCUACACACCACUGCAGGUGAGUUGCGAGUGGAAGUGGACACCGUGUCCCACCAUCACCCUGUCUCCAUAGACAGCAGCUCGUCCUCGGGGUACUCCAGCUCCUCCUGCUCCCCUCGAACACCACUGUGCUGCGACUCAAACUUGGACAGGACCAGAGACAUUCACAGGCGUGUGUCGGGUCCAGAUGCAGCAGGCGCUGGUCCGGAGAAGGAACGCUCAUGUCGGCCCACAGCCCAGGUCCUUCCUGUUCAAACCGAACCGGCUCCCUCUCUUCCGCCUUCUUGCUCCUCCCAUCUCACCUUUGGCCUCCCACAGUCGCCUUUCCACCCACAGUCCCUGCUCUUUUCCAGCUCAAACCCAGCACGGAUCCUGACUUCCCCUCGCAAACCCAGGCCCCCUCCCCUGUGCUCGGAGGACAGGACUAAGCCUCUGGGUUUGGGUCUGCCGGCACCCAGUUCCAGCUUCGGUACGGGGCUCGGCGUUGGGAUUGGAGUCAGGAUGGACACCCUGAUCCCUGGACUGAAUACAGACAGCUCCUCUGUGCUCCAGGACUCGGCGGGUUGUCGUGGACUGGCAGGCGGUGCUGUGAGAACGAUGGUAGAAACGAGUUCUGCUCUUACCUCCACUUCCAACAGUGUCCACCACGUCUCCCAUCCGCCGCUCCACUUCCACCUCUCGUCCUCGACGUCCUCGCCCUCACCAUCCGGAUGCUAUUCCUACCCACCUGCUUCCUCCUCCUUCCCGUCUUUCACCUCUUUCUGUCCCUCAGCCAAAGCAGGCUCCCAGUCUGGGGGCUCUGGCAGUGGAGGUGGAACUGGAGUUCUCGCGAUGGCGGCCGCCAGCAGCGUCCCUGUGGCAGCAGUACCCGGUAACAGUUACUAUGCACCCCUGCCUACUUCUAGCCCCUCCCUUUCCACACCUUCUGCUCCACUGGACUGCUCCACUGUCAAUCAAGGCUCAGGUCACACACCCCCAGCAUGUGUUUGCAGCUCAUGCGGUUGCCGGGGGAACUGCGGAGCAUAUGGAGCACUUCCUGGCUACGCGGCGGCCGGCUACCUUCAGCCGCUGUCAGCCGGACCGUCGCUCUUCACGCUGGGCCCGCUGCUCCACCUCGGCCCGCUGAUCGCCUCCUCGAGCACUGGCGGCGCGGGAGCAGCGUCUUUCUCCUACCCUUUGAUGGUGCCUCCGCCCCUUUAUCGCCACAGUCCUGUGCCACAUGACCAACAGCAGGGCUUUGGUUUCUACCAGCCCCAGGGCAUUGUGGGAAAUGGAGGCCAGAAAAGGCUGGCGGGGAACGUAUCCUGUUACAACUGUGGUGCCAGUGGACACCGAGCGGAGGACUGCAAACAACCACCCAUGGACUCACAACAAGGUGAGUGAGUGAGUGUGAGUGAAUGAAUGAAUGGGCAGUCCAGUCAUUUUACUGCCUGAGCUUUGAAACAUCUGAAUGUUUCAAAGAGUUCACGUCCACGGCGCAUUUAAAACGUCCCUGAAGAUGACGGGAACCACUGCCCCCCUGUGGUGGGACUUCAGACCACA